CUGAGCGUUAAGACGCGUGUUCCUCAUGGUGGUGAGAGUCUGUUGUGGACUCGUAGUGGCGCCCACGGCAACGUCUGGCACGAGGGACUCUGUCCAGUACCUGAGCAGCUAACUAGCUUCCAAGUAUGAAUGGGUUUCACUACAGACCACACGCUGGAGACAGAGACCGGAUACUACAUGAUGGUGGACAGUGAUGUGGAGAUCCUCCCAGAGGGCAGUGUGGCUGCCCUCACAUCCCCUGUGCACAUUGGUGUGGCGCGAACAGAGUGUGUCUACUUCUGGUACCACAUGGGGGGAGAGAAUCCAGGUUCACUGACUGUGUACAUGAAGCCUGUGAAAGGAGACCAGGUGAAGAUCUUCUCCAACAGUCUGGAACAGGGGGACACCUGGCGCCAUGGCAACGGCAACAUCAGCAGCACCACCACAGACUGGCAGUUGGAUUUUGAGCAGGUGGCAAAGGCGCUCAUGUAUCUGUUGAUGACAUCACCUUGUCCAACCACCCUUGUCCAUUGCCAGGUACCAAGUGUGACCUGGAGAGUGGCCUGUGUGGAUGGACUAACACUCAGAACCCUGAGCUUGACCAGUUGGACUGGGAGCUGAGCAGUGCUGAAGCAAAGACCCACUACACCACCCCGAACCAUGACCAUACCCUAGGGAACAACAGAGGUGAGAAAGAAAGGGAUCACUUUAGUACACCCUGUAGUAUUUGUUGUGACAUCCCUUCUGGUAUCCCCUAAUCUUCCAGAUGAUCAUCCAAAUUCCAGUUGGUCCUGUCUUGUUCUUAAAAUCCUUGUCUCCAUUCUGAAGGUCAUUUCCUGUUCCUCCCCAGCAGCACCAGGGACACAGCCAAUUACAAAGCCUGGUUGCUGAGUCCUCAUCUUAGGCACCUGCCUUCGAUUCUGGGCGUACAAACCAGUAACUUAAAUCACUGGACUUAUACCACCACUACCAUAUUAACUCUCUCUCUAAAAACCUGUCUGUUUUUAUAUGGCAGAGGUGAUGAUGAGGAUGUUAGCGCUGUCAGUCUGGUAUUGUUAUUAUAUCAGCCCAUGUGUGUGUCCUUCCAGAUGGUAGUCAUCUGAAAGUGUUCAGGUGGUCUAAAGGCAUACUAGAACAGCUGCUGACUGUGAAGGAGGUGGGAGCCGUUUGGAAACGCUUCGAUGUUGACAUUACCUCUAUUGACGAGUAUCAGAUUGUAUUUGAGGGUUUCAAAGGAGAAACAGGAGUCUUGGCUCUCGAUGACGUCGACUAUGACAUUGGAUUCAACUGUGCCGGCGAAGCAAGAGACCCACUGACAACCACAGCAAAGCCAGACAACAGUGGGGGUAUUGCUGCUUCCGUCAUCGUGUUACUGCUUCUACUGGCCUCUCUGGGUGCCUUGCUCUACUUCUACCUGCGCCUCCAGGAAGAAAAAAAAGCAAUGCCUAAGUCUGUGGACCAUCCAGCAUCAGCUCAAGCAGGGUUCAUUAACGAUGUAUAUGACUCAAGCGUCCCAGUGAGUAUUAUGUUGCCACUACGUCUUGAUUAUUUUUGUUUAUUUGGUUCAAGAGCUGUAAAGCUUAAAGGACAAAUCCAGACCCCCAAAACCCUUGAAGUGACUUCCAACAUGAGAGACUGUUAAAACCAUUUAGCAAAGAGUUCUGUACUUUCAAAGCUAGCUACGUCAAGUUUCCAGAUAUGACAAUUUUUGACGUAUUUGGUGGAAUCUUAUUUUUGAAAAUAAGCUUUAUGGAGUUUCUGAGGUUCAUUUCGUGAUCUCAUAGCUGAUGAUUAUUUUUGUGUGUGUGUGUGCACGCACACACAUGCUUUGGAUACAUAAACAAUUUCCGGUGGGCUGUUUUGGCUUGACAGCACCACUUGGAUAACCAGUUACCAAACAUUCCGGAAUGCAUCUUUAAGAUAAUGUUUUGAGAUUAUCAAUAUUAUAUUAAAAAAGAAAAUCCCAUG